CUAUCAUUUAGGAAAAUUACCGGCAAGUUCUAAUUGUUUCUGUACUCUUUCAGUUCAGUUGGGAUUCUGGAGCCCUAGAACUAGAAGGAACAGAAGGACGAGUCGGUAAUUUAUGAGGAAAGCUUCAGAGAAUUUUUUUUAAAAGAAAUUGUGUGUUGGAAUUUGAAGGUUCUUGUGAGACGAUUCUUGUUUUAGCUUGGGAUUAGCAAAAGAGACAUGGAUAAUAGCUUAGCUGAGGUGCUCUAUUCAGAAAGUUUGCAGCUAUCCAAAUUACACUUAGACCAUUCUUCAACUGCCAAUGGUUUCAAUGAGGCCAACGUUCAGGCUGGAGAUGGAUCUUUAUGGGGUGAUUCUGAUGACGAGUUGGAUAAAUUAUCUGAUUUAGACCGGGAAUGGCAGAGGAGGCAUGACCAAUUCCAGACGAUUGGAUAUCGUGAUGGCCUGAUAGCGGGGAAAGAAGCUUCUGCACAAGAAGGUUUUAAUAUUGGCUUUAAGCAAUCAGUUUUUGCCGGGUGCAACAGGGGCAUUGCUAGAGGUGUCACCAGUGCGCUCGCUUGUCUUCCGAAUACAUUGAGGGAGAAGUUGAUUGAAACACCAGAAAAGAGAGAUAAAUUCCGGGAGUUAUGUGAUUCCGUGAAUUCUCUGUCGACUACAGAUGCAUUUAAGUUGUUUCAUGAUGAUAUUAUGUCAAAGAAAGCUGUGGAGCAGAGUGAGCCUGGCCAGGCUGGUGUUAGUGCAGGUGGUUUGCGAGAACAAAGCUCAACUUCUGGUAGUUUGGGGAAAUAUACUGCAGAGCUUCAGUCACUUCUUCUAGAAUCACCCAAAAUCAAAAUACAAUUCUUCCAUCAAGAAGUUUCAACUCCUGAUGUUUGUUGAAAACUAAAUGCACAUUCUUGUUUCCGUCUGUGAAGUACAAACAUAGAACUAGUCAUGGCAUCUUAAUUUGCUAAGAAGUGUUUAGGACUUUGUUAUUUAUACAUGAAUAUACUUCUGAGGUUGACAGUGUUUACCUCAUGCAGAUACUAAUUGACUUGUACAAUUAGAAAAAAUUUUCUUUCUGAGAUAAAUGUAAUAACCAAACUCAGUUUUUCCCCCUAAAAUAUCUGAUUCUGAUGAACAAUAGUUUGUCUAAAUUCUGUCGUCUGUUCAAUUUAUAUGGGCAUGUUUAACAGUCGAUAAUGCUUGACGGUCACGAGUUGUGUAUAUUUAAGGUUUUUAGGGUUUAUGAAGGAUUUUUAAAGACUUUUAAUGUUUUCAAGAGAUUUUUAAUUUUUUAUUAUUUAUUCACAUUUUUAAUUUUUUUUUAUAUUUUUUCAAGGAUUUUUGGGCUCUUUUUAAGCAUGUUUAAGGUCAUUCUAAGUAUUUUUAAAUUUUUUUCAUGGAUUUCAAAGGAUUUGUGUGGUGUUUUCAAGGAUUUUCUAGAAAUUUUAAAGAUUUUUAAGGUUAUUUGAUUCUUUUGCAAUGAUAUUCUGCACUUAGAUUUAUCAGAAUUAGAAUGAUCUACUCUUUGUCAUUAUCAAUAUUUUACCUCAACUUUGUACUAAUUAGUAUCUUUUAAUAUGUUGAUAAUGCUGGACCUCAGGAGAAUGAUAUAAUUGAUAAUGAUUAUAUUAGGAUCUC